AUGCCUUCCGAUGCGUCGGUGGCAGCCGUGGCGAUCUUCAACGACCGCUACGAGGUGGGCUACCUUUGCGCCGCGAUCAAUGCCGCCUAUUGCGAACAGCACAACUACAGGUUUGCCCCCAUGGUCCUCUCAGAAUCAGAGAUGGAGGCCAUUUGUGAGGGGCGGCAUUUCGCGUGGGCCAAGGUAGCUUUGCUUCGCUGGCUCUACAGCCACGUCGGCGCGAGGGGCAUGCAGAAUUCAAUACUGGAGGCCAAGAUUGGCUCCGAAGAGCGCGAUGCUCUCCUGGCAGCAGACUGGCUGGUGUGGUUCGACGCCGAUUUAAUGGUCGUCAACCACAGCCGGCCUUUAGAUUCCUUCCUCUACGACCAGAAGGACCUGAUCUUGGGGGAAGACAUGGCGGACCUGGACUGGCUCAACACGGGCCUCAUGUUCUGCAAGGUCCGCUCCGCAUGGAUGAAGAGUUUGUGGGAGAAGGUUUGGCACGAAGGAGAUGCCAAGUUUCACCUCGGAGAAUUCUGGGACCAGAGUGCCCUUUGUGGCUGUUUGGCCGAGUGGGCCGAGUUCCGUCCCGACGUUCUGGGCGGGAAGCGGGUAGCCACUGCAGCGGAGACGCCAUGGUUCAGUUGGCAGGGCGGGCCCCGGGUGAGGGAGACCGAGCACUUGCGAGUGCUCGAUGCGGGAGGCACGCAGACAAACAAUCCCCGCUACGCCCGCUUCGCUUUCCAUGCUGCGGGCAUGAAGGACCGUGACUUUCGCCACUUGCAGCUGUAA